UAAAAUAAUCUUGAGGUUAAAAUGAUCCUCUUCCCUGACCCAGCGGUGUAAAACUGAAAAUCUUCGCCUGAAUGAUGUAAACAGUUUAUUCUGAUCACUUUUGCCAGUUAUUUAUUUGUACUCUCAUGUUUUCCUAUUCGGAUGUUUGUACAUGUUUUUAUAAAUGCAAGGCUUUGUGAAGCGUGCCAUUCUGCUAAACGGCGCUCUUUGGGUACUACCGAGGCUGGGUCCACUGCCAAAUUCCUGAAAGCCUUCAAUUUAGAUUCAUGUGAUUCAACUAGGAUUCCAGUAGUUUGAAAGUGUUACUUAUAAGAACAGUUUUGUUAUAAAAAAAAAGAUUUCACACAGUGUUUUAGGCUGUGGAAAAUGUCUUAACACAAUUAGGAACUCCAAUAAAGAUGAACAGAAAGCUGCUUUUAUCUAAAAAUAGACAAGAAAUGGCUUAAAAGGAAAAUCAACUGAGGAUUUUAGGGAUCAAUAUUGAAUUUUGUCAUUAAAGAUACAAAUAGAUUGUAACAACCCAACCCUAUAGUUACCACACACACAUGUUGGUUUUGUAGAUUUGUUUUUUUUUUUUACUCAAUGUUUUUUGAUAUACAGGUAUUGCCACAGACUAUAAACCAAGUGAUAUUUUUGUGUGUUUGCGUGUCCAUGUGCUGCUCAGACUGACGGUUGUGUCAGUCUAAUAGAGUUUGGUUUAAACACAAAAACUGUCAGCAUGUGGUCCCUCCGUCACAUCCUGAGACCUGAAGGAAGAACAUGUCAGCCUUCUCAGAGACCAGGAGGACCAACGACUGGAAGCCUGAAGGGAAAAGGAGGUUGAACAUACCAGUUACUAUUCAGUUAUGGUCACAUAGUGAGAAAUUCUGCCUCAAGUGUUAGCUAAAAUAAACCAUCAUUUUCCUCUUUUUGCAGAGGUUUUUUGUUUUUUACAAGUAAUCGGGUGUACUCAGAGCUGUUGUGUUGGUUUGAAAUUUUCUAGUUUUAUCCAGUUGCUCCAUAACUUCCUGAACCUGAAAGUGACCUGAUUGACCUGAUGAUUCUUCAGAAACACAAUCAUCCCACAGUGUACAUUUUUUCUGACCAUCUGACUGAGGGUUUUGGUUUUCUAUGUACAAACUCACCCUUUUUUUAAUAAGCAGACGAAGAGUUAUUACGGUUGUUGAACAGUUCAAACCAAAACUCUCUUGACUUUUAACUGUUGACUUGAAGUUUUCACUCCUUUCAGCAUUCAGUCUCCUUACUGUCUUUGAUCUACCACCAUGCCUGUUUCCCAGUUCUCUCUGCUCUGAUUUCUGCUGAUUUGCUGACUCGUCUCUGAUUGACAGCAAGAAGUGCAGGGAUGGCUGGCAGAUAGGGUGGUAGUUCAGGGAAAAGGGUUGGACAGUGCUGGUACCUCAGCAAGCUGCUAAGCUUCUAAUAGCUUAAAAGCAUAAAUGCAUUGUUCAGAAUGUUUACUGUCAACCUAGACUGUGUUGAUGUUGAUGAAUUCACUAUUUAGUCAACUGGGACAGAUGCUGUCGAUCACUUUGAAACUAAGUGGUUUGUUAAGGAUUGUUGAUCUUUUUAAAGAUUUAAAGUUUUUUUUGGUUCUUAAUCUUAAGUGGCCAAAAAGUUAAUUGUGAAAUGAGUAAUUGUGAAAUCAACAGCCCAUCAUUUCCAUGACUUGCAGUCAUUUAAAGCGAGUGUUGAUAAAGCUUUAGUGUUGCUGUUUUAAUAUGACAGUUCAGUCAGGCAGUAGUGUUUUGGACCGCUGUCUUUGGCGAAACCCCCAUGAAUCAUUGCAGCAGUGUCACCCUUACAUGAUGAACCGAGUGACCCCGACGUCUCUCUGUCUCCUGGUUUGCUGUGGAGCAGACUCAACCCGGUUAAAAGUGAACGUACUCCAUGCAUCACAAUGAGACUCAUUGUGUUUGUUAAUGCUAACCACAGUGCUGAAAGUCAUGGACACUGCCAGCUUGGUUAUAUCUGAUUGUGUUGAAGGAUCAGUGCCUGCCGCCUAGUGGCAAAACAGUAAAACGUUUAUCAGGAGUUCAAAAAAAAAAACACCAACCAACACAUUUCCUACAUCUUGAUACAACUGGAAAUAAAUAUUGAAAAAAACAUGCCACUUUCAUUUUGUAGUACUUCCUUUACAAUGACAAAUAAUUUCUAAAAUUAAGGUAACUUUCCAAAAGUUGUUUUCAGUCAGCUUUUUUUCAUGCAACCCAUCAGCUGAGUUGCAAUGGCAUUUUUUACAGGUAAAAAAACAUUUUCCAUCCCACAAUGGAGAUUUUUUUUUUUGUUGCUGCUGAGGACAAUAGAAAGGAUAUGUGGGAAGAAAAAUACACAUUUUAAACAAAAUACACAACUGGAGGUUUAAAUUCCAUUGUGGUCAUUUGUAUUGCACAAUCCAAUCCAGCCUGUUGUUCAAAUAAAGUCUCCAGAUGUUUGUAGCAGCAAAGAAUUUCUGCCUCUGGAUGUUGGGAUGGUGUUUGGCUCCACUGCAGGCUACCUCCUCCUGACAUCUGUGGUGAGCUUCUUCAUCUCAUCCACCAAAAACAGGAUUUUCAUCAGUGGAUCUUUAAGAGAUUUGAAUAUAAAUAGCGAGGUUUCCAGAAGACUAAGCUAAUCUGCCACUACUGAUUCAUCUCUAUCACAGAGACAUGGAUCAGGUGAAGCAUCCAGAGUCUUUGUGGAAAGAUUUAUAAUCCACAAGCUUUACUCUGCUUGAAAAAAAAAACACAGAACAGCACACACUGGAAACCUUCUCUCCACAAAUUCUGCUCCUCAUCCUCCUGCUGGUGGACUGUGGAGUCUUUAGCCUCUGGAUCUCCCUUCGCUGUAGGUCAUCAUCGUGGACAAGCAACACACUGCUAAAAAUGACAAAAAUCUGAAAUAUGUAACACAAUUGUUUGCUUCACACACACACACUUGAUACAUCAGAACAGUUGAGUCCCGUUUUGUGGACCUUUUCUCAUGUGUGUGACAUUCAGCAUAUCUUGGUGUCAUCAUGUGGUUUCAGCAUGGUUGCUGAUUACCGAUUGGUUGAUUGGUGACAGCAUCUCUCAGCAUGUGAUGGCAAAUGAAUGACUGAAUGCCACACGUGUUAUCAUGAGAUCCUGUGAGGAGUCUCAUUUUAUAAGCAGCAUUGUGUGCACGUGAGUGUAAACUUGUGUGAGCCAGCCCCUGAAAGAAGACCAUCCUUGUGGAUGAGGAGUCCUGGUCUACCUGGAGAAAAAGAAAUUGAAAUGAUGGUCAGGGUUUGGAGUGAGAGCUGGAGGUGAAUGUAAUAGCAGACAAAACUCUGCCGGCAUGCAUUUGAAGAACAUUUUUUUUAAAGCUCAAUCUUUUUUGUGUUUUUGUUUUUGCUAAAGAACAAAAAAAAAAGCAGAGAUCUCUGAUCUGGUGAUCAAUUCUGGAUCAAAAAUAAUUGAACAAAUCCAUAGUUUCAUGUCAUUUCCCUGUUUGAGUGUCAUUUCUGAGAUUUUAUGUGAACUUUAAAAGUUCAUCUGACAGCUUGCUGGUGGAUUCUCGAAGCACCAGUAUCAUUUGUUACAAUUCUAGCUUUGUGGUUUUGUGGUUUGUUCUAUGUUUGGAGGUGCGUCCUCGUGUCGUUUGGAGGCCAGUGCUGCCAUUUCAUUCAGUCAGAUAUUGACCACCAUCGCUUUCCUCUCAUGUCUUUGUCACCAUAGGUUCUAGCUGAUGUUCAUGUUUUUUCCCCUCAUGGACCUGGAAACCAAUCCGCCUUUUGAUUCUAUGGUCAUGAAAGCCCCAAACCGACUGUCAAUCACUAGAUGGUUUAAUCUAAAAUCUAAAGAGGAUUACAAAUGAAGAGUGUUAUAGGAAAUGUGGAUACAUAAAGUUAGGGUCUUCUAAGGAUCCAGGCAACAUUUCUAUGUACAUGGAAAGCUACAGAGCCCAGAAUUUAGCAGUUUGUUGGCUCAGGGUUUGUUUCUUCAAGAAACUAUCAGUUGCUGUUUGUUUGAGGAAGCCAGGAUGAGGGUCUUCAGGUAGGAAGGUGUCAAAUCAAACCCUCUGAAUCUGAUGUGUGCAACAGAACAGAUAUUUGUGAUUGAUUAAAGGACCAUCUGAUUCUGCAGGCUGGUCGCCCUGUCAGAAGAGAGUUGCAGGACAAUAGUGUGUGGAUUGUUCACUGUACUUUGGUUUUUCAGUUGGGUUCUUGGUAUUGCUCAUGUUCUGAUUGCUGGUUUCCCUCUGCCAGUCACACCAGGUUUAGGUUGCCAAUCAUCCCAGUUUUCUUGAUUUCAGUGUAUUCAACAGUCUGGUUUUCAGUUCUUCGUUGUAUAGUCAUCUGCUGUGUUACUUUUUUGUUUCUCCAUGGGUUUAGUCUUGCUUAAAUGUUGACGUUUGUGCCACCACGCCUGGUCCCCUACACACUGGAUUACCACCAAUUCCUCACAGAGAGAUCCAGAGGAAGUGGUGUUUGUUCGCCCAAAGAGGACAAAUGUACAUCCCCCGAAAAUGGUAAAGUUACGGUUGUUGUAGAUGUGAUCCCAAACAGUCUUUCACAAUAGUUGAUUACUAAAGAUCAGAAAAGAAGGGGGCAGAGAGCAGAUCCCUGUGAAACACCAGUGGAAAUGCAGCUGAAUAAAGCUGUGCCAUAAAUGUCAAGUUUACACAGCAUAAAACUGAGGAUUUAGUUGAGUACAUGUGAGGAAAAUAGCUUAAGAUGGAAGGCAAUCUGGUCAAAAAGAGCAGUGAGGUGAUGCUAGAGGCAUUUUGAUGUGUCUUGCUCUGGCAGGAUACGGAGAAUAAUGUAAUGUUUGGAAGUAUCACAGUGACCCAUCUAGCGGGGAGAACUAAAGACUGAUGGCUGCUACCUUGUUUGAGAAGCUGAAGAGGUCAGGAAGACCUGAGGAGAAGGACAGAGAUGGAGAAGGGAUAUGAAGGCAAGCUCCCUUCUCCACCAACUGCUGCAAAUUCUCAUGUGAACUGAUGGAAACAAAUAUUGUGAACAAAUGUGACUUUGGAACAACCCCGCCCCUUUUUGUGACAUCACAAGAGAGCGGUCAUAAAGUGGCCACCGGCAGUCAGGAGGACACGCCGGCAUUAUGUGGUGCCGAACCAUUCUGCUGCAGGCGGUCAGACACGCAUCCACCAGCAGACAGGUGGGUGUCCUCUUUGAUGUAGACGGUGUGCUCCUCCGUGGGGGUACUGUGAUUCCAGCCGCUCGCCGAGCUCUCAGGAAGCUUGUGGAUGAAAACAACAACUUCCUGUAUCCUGUCAUAUUUGUCACCAAUGCAGGAAGUUGUCAGAGAUUACACAAGGCACGCCAGCUGUCUCACCUGCUGGACAUUCAUGUUUCACCUGAGCAGGUUGUUCUGUCCCACAGUCCUCUAAACAUCAUGAAGACCUUCCACAACAAGUGUGUGCUGGUGUCAGGACAGGGACCAGUGACCAGCAUCGCCCAAUCUUUGGGCUUCCAAAAGGUGGUAACCAUUGAACAGCUGUCACAACAUCACCCCCUACUGGACAUGGUGGACCAUAACAGAAGACCCACAGCCCCUCUAUCUCCUCUGGAAGAUCUGCCCCAGAUACAAGCCAUCAUCCUGUUUGGAGAGCCGGUCCGAUGGGAGACCAACCUGCAGCUUCUGGUUGACGUCCUUUUGACUGAAGGGAGUCCCGGCAGUGCUCAUGACCCCCAGCCUCCCACUCAGCUGCCCAUCCUCGCCUGCAACACGGACCUGCUUUGGAUGGCAGAGGCCCCAUCGCCACGGUUUGGUCAUGGGAUGUUCCUGCUGUGUCUGGAGGCGGUUUACAGGAAGCUCACCGGUCGAGAGUUGCAGUAUGAGGCCCUGCUGGGAAAACCCAGUCUGCUCACGUAUCAGUAUGCUGAGCGGCUGCUGCGAACACAGAACCACAACCGCAAGCUCUCCAUCAUUUAUGCAGUCGGUGACAAUCUGAUGACAGACGUCUAUGGUGCCAAUCUAUACAACCGCUACCUGAGUCAGCAGCCCGAGGCCAUGAAAAGUGGAGCCAAACGUGUUGCCCUGGGAACAGGGGGCCCCAUAACCAUGGAAGAGCAGGAGCCGGUGUCUGCUACUGAGUGUCGCUCCAUACUGGUGUGCACGGGUGUUUAUAACCCUCACUCCCCAUUGCCUAGCGACCAGAACAGUAGCAUCACAGAAAUGGUGUUCCAUGGUCAAAGAGACUUGGUCUUGGACCGGGAUCUGUUGGAGCCAAGUCGGGUGGUGGAGGAUGUGGAGGCUGCUGUUGACUUUAUGCUACAGCAGGAGAGCUCUGAUGCUUGAUACCUGUCUUACAUCUGGGCUGAAGGAGAUAAAUGUCUGACUCCCACUUGAUGGUGAAUCUCUAUGUGGAGUUCUGCAGCAAGUGAGCUCAGUUUGAAUGUCAGCUAUUGAUGGGUUACUGCAGACCAUGAAAAAUAAACAGUUUCAAACCUCGCUGUAAAUAAACAAGUAUAAUCUGA